CUUGAACUCCUGGCCUCGAAUAAUCUUCCCACCUUGGCCUCCCAAAGUGCUGGGAUUAUAGGUAUGAGCUUUUGUGGCUGGCCUGUUUUUUGUAAUUCUGUGAAAAAUGUUCCUGGUAUUUUUGGUUGUAUUUGGAUGUUGGUAGAAAUCAUAUUAAAUCUGCAGAUUGCUUUGUGCAGUAUAGUCAUUUUCACAAUACUGAUUCCCAGGAAGAUUUUAACACAAUACUGAUCAUCAUUCAAAUGUUCAAGUGCCUAAUUGACCAGUGUUAGCUGUGACUAACACACACACACACACACACACACACACACUUCCUUCCCCAUGAGUUGGUCCCAGGUGAACUAUAGGAAAUCCUUAUGAGGCACAAAAAAAUGGAAAGAGGUUUGGAUACAUUAAUAUUUGUCGUGAUGCUGGUGUUGAGAGUCACUAGUUCUGGGAAGUUAAAUUGGCAGGGUGCAAGGACACUCCCAUGUUGGGGCAUGGUGGCAGAAUGAGAGCCGUCACAGGUUGUAUCUGGAAGGUGACAUCUGGAAGCAAAGACAAUAAUGAGAAAAAAAAAAACACAAAAACCUACUCUAAGAGCUUGAACUCUACGCAUUUUUCAGCCAGUAGAUGUAAGCAUUGAUGCACUGGUUAACAAACCCUCCCCAAGCAAAGCAGGUUCUGACCAAGCAGGGCAUGCCCUCUGGACUUUGGGGCAUGGUAAGAGGCCGAGCUGAUAAGACAGAGUUCCAGUGGCCUUAGGGCAGGGAGCAGAGUCAGAGCCUGCGUGGUUUGAUUGCUUUCACUGAAUCCUAGCUGUGUGAUCUUGAGAAAGUCACUCCACCUCUCUGUGCCUCACACACCUGUUCUGCAAAACGAGGGCAUUGCCUUGGAGCCUACACCAGGGUUUAGGAGAACCAAGUGGUAAAGCCAUUAGAACAAUGCCUGACACACCACAGUGAAGUCUUGAAAUAGACAUAGUCAGCCAGCUAUGUAACAGUGCCUCCGUCUUGGCUGGAGCUGGAGACCCAGGUCUGUUCAGGAGCGGGAGUGUCUCCCUCAGGCCUCAGAGACCGGCGUGCAAGUGUGGAACUCAGCCGAGGGUUUGAUCCCUCUGAGGCUGGGAUUUUACUGUCAUCUGCGGUGGAAGGACAGAGUACAGAGCUUUGGGAUGCUGCGUGAAGAUGCUUGAGGAAAUGGACCGAUAAUGAGUUAAUUUACAUGAAAGCAUCAAGCAUAGAGCCUGAUGUGUGUGUGUGUGUGUAUACAGUAGGCUUUCGAAUGUUCAUUCGUUCUAGUCCACCGCUGUUUGUUGCUGUGGAUGGUUGGUGAACAGAUCGACAAAAUUCAAGGGCUAACACAGAAAAUGAUAAAUCUGUGCAAGUUGAGUUUUAAGAAACAAUGUUCUUUUUAAGCAGACGUUCUUUUCUGGAAGGACAUGUGAAAGGGUUUCAGUGCAAUAAAAAUUUGGAAGGCCUCAGUGCUUUUCCUUUCUCAGUGUUGGACGGGCACGCACAGCAGGGCCCGUGGGCCAAGAGCGUCCCCGGGUUUGUUGUUCUGGCAGCAGGCCUCGCUCUGCGGCCUGGGCCUGAGUCAGAGCUUCUCUGGACGCAGCGCCAGGGCCCCUCUGCCGCCACCUGCCUCGUGGAAACCGAGUCCUCCGCGGGAGGCGCUUCCCGGCGAAGCCGAGCGGGGCUGCCGGUGACGCCGUUGGCAGGCCGGGAGCCGGCGUUUGGCCCCCAGGCUGCGGGCGUUUGCCCCAGUGGGGGCAGGCUGUAGAGCAGGAGCCCCCAGGCCCGGCUGUGAGUCCGGCCAGGGCUGACCGCAGGCCGAGGGAAGGGCACACGCUUGCCAGGAGCCUGCUGCAAGCUCAGCCCUUUGGUGGGCACUUGCCAAGUUCACCUUCUUCUACGUCCACUCAGCGCUGGCAGGCUGGUGUUAGGCAAGACCCCAACCUUCCUCGCCUGGGCUCUUCACCUACGGACGGGGACGUGGACCUCAGUGGCCUUCGGACUGAGAGCCAGGGCGCUGGCGUCUCUCUGGAGAUGCCGCGGGAGUAGCCAAGGACGGUGACGGGGACCAGGCAGGCGGAGCUUGGUCGUCCUUUUCCCCACUUUGGUCUGCUCUGCGGGCUGAAGCUCCCUGCAAAACCUUUCGUUUGGAGAGUGGCCUCCAAGUUUAAAAACCUCACAAGGCCCUGCCUCUCCGACCCUUCAACCCCCUUCCGGUGCCUGGUCCCUGGCUCCUCCGCCAGCACCCCGGGUUUGCGUUUCCCGGUCUGCGCUUGGGCCCCCGUCUGCAGAAGCAGAGUCUGGGCAGGGGGAGCUCUGGGACUGGGGCUCCACGAGCUGGGAGUGGAUCGAGCGUCAGCCACCUGGGUCACGGAGCCCCGCCCGGCCGGCCAACUGGAGGGGCCGGGACCCCGGAGGACGGGGCUCAUGAAGUGGCAGCCAAGCCCGUUCCCGUCGCCGCCCGCCAGCCAGGGGCCCGGGACCAGGGAAGGAAGAAAGGCAGCUUCACUUCCUCUCUGAGGAUGGAGUCGCGCAGCAGCUCGGGGAAGAGCAGAAAGUCAGCCAAGUUCCGGUCCAUCUCCCGGUCCCUGCUCCUCUGUCACGCCAAGGCCAGCGAGGACGGCUCCAGCCCCGAGGAGAAAUACCCGGACCCCUUCGAGACCUUCCUGGCCCAGGGCAGGGACGGCACUGUCCACUCGCCCGUGCAGCUGGCAGACACGGAGGCCGGCCCCGGCGGCGUCCCCGACCUGGCGCUGGCCGCCCAGGCCGCUGAGCUCCAGGCGGCCGGGGGUGACCGGGGCAAGACCGGCAGGCGGCUGUUCUUCAUGAAGGAAUCUUCCACAACUUCCUCUCGAGAAAAGUCCGGAAAACUGGAAGCGCCCGGCAGCACCUUCCUGUUCCCCAAGGCCUGCCACCAGAGGACACGAAGCAACUCCACCAGCGUUAAUCCCUACUGCACGGGAGAGAGCGAAUUCCCCGUGACCAGGACGCCCGCGGCAGCCGAGGACAGGCAGGCGUACCCGCUCUGCGGCAACAGGAAGUCCCUCUCCCAGCAGCUGGACUGCCCGGCGGCCGGGAAGACUCCGGGCCCUACGAGACCCACGCGGUCGCUGAGUACCGCGCAGCUGCCGCAGCCGUCCGGGGGCCUGCAGGCCUCGGUCAUCUCCAACGUCGUGCUCAUGAAGGGGCAGGCGAAGGGCCUGGGCUUCAGCAUCGUUGGGGGAGAGGACAGCAUCUACGGCCCCAUUGGGAUCUACGUCAAGAGCAUCUUUGCAGGGGGAGCGGCGGCCGCGGACGGGAGGCUGCAGGAAGGUGACGAAAUCCUGGAGCUCAAUGGGGAGUCGAUGGCCGGACUGACACAUCAGGACGCUUUGCAGAAGUUCAAGCAAGCCAAGAAGGGGCUGCUCACCCUCACCGUGAGGACCCGCCUGACCGCGCCGCCCGCCCUGUGCGGCGCCCUGUCCCCGCCGCUGUGCCGCUCGCUCAGCUCCAGCACCUGCGUCGCCAGGGACGGCGGCUGCUUCAUCACGGAGAGCCCCCCUGCGCCCGCCUGCGCCGCCAAGCCCAACUACAGGAUCAUGGUGGAGGUGUCCCUGCAGAAAGAGGCCGGCGUGGGGCUGGGCAUCGGCCUGUGCAGCGUGCCCUACGUCCAGUGCAUCUCGGGCAUCUUCGUGCACACGCUGUCCCCGGGCUCUGUGGCGCAUCUGGACGGGCGACUCCGGUGCGGGGACGAGAUCGUGGAGAUCAACGACUCCCCGGUGCACUGCAUGACGCUCAACGACGUCUACGCCAUCCUGAGCCACUGUGACCCCGGCCCCGUCCCCAUCACCGUCAGCCGGCAUCCGGACCCGCAGGUCUCUGAACAGCAACUCAAGGAAGCCGUGGCCCAGGCUGUGGAGAACACCAAGUUCGGAAAGGAGAGGCACCAAUGGAGUCUGGAAGGCGCCAAGAGGCUGGAGAGCAGCUGGCACGGGCGGCCCACGCUGGAGAGGGAGCGGGAGAAGAGCUCGGCGCCCCCCCACCGCCGAGCCCAGAAGGUCAUGGUCCGCUCCAGCAGCGACAGCAGCUACGUGUCCGGGUCCCCUGGUGGCAGUCCCAGCAGUGGCGCCGGCGCCGAGCCGCGGCCCCCAGACCCGGUGGCCAGCACUCAGGGCCCCAGCCCGCCCCUGGGACGGGAGCCGGGCCUGCUUCCCGCGGGGUCCUCCGGGCCGCCCCAGGAGAGCCCCCCGCUGCCCGAGAGCCGGGCCGGCCACCCGCCGCUGCGGCUGAAGAAAUCCUUCGAGAUUUUGGUGAGAAAGCCCACGUCCUCCAAGCCCAAGCCUCCGCCCAGAAAGUACUUUAAGAGCGACAGCGACCCUCAGAAGAGUCUGGAAGAGAGAGAGAGCUCCCUGUGUCCUUCCGGGCACACCCUGCCCACCUGUGGCCAGGAAGCCGGAGAGCUGCAGCCACUGCCGCAGGAAGACGCCACGGGGACAGCCCCCCACGCCACUGCAGGCUGCCCGCGCCCCGCCGGCCCCCAGACAGUGUCCUCCACAGAGGGCGAGCCAGGGCGCAGGCGAGCCAGCCCAGGGCCCCAGGCGUCCCCGGCGAGGCACCCCCUGCUCAGGCGGCAGGCGCGCAUGGACUGCAGCUUCGACGGCGCCGCGGAAGACCCCUGGAUCCGGAUUUCCGACUGCAUCAAAAGCCUGUUCAGCCCUGUGAUGAGCGGGAGCCCCGGCCACCUGCCGCUGCAGCCGGGCCUCGGCCUGGGCGGGGCAGACGGGGCCCGCGGCCACCCGGACGGGACCCCACCAAGGCUGGACGCGGCCGACAGCCCUCCCAGAGCCUACAGGCCGGUGGACGGCGGCGCCGGGAAGAAGGGGCCCCCCGUGGCCCCCAAGCCAGCCUGGUUCCGCCAAAGCCUGAAGGGUCUGAGGAGUCGCGCCCCGGACCCCAGAAGGCUGCCCGGGGUGGCCCCGUCCAGCCAGCCGCCCACACCUGCCCCCAGGGACCCGCCAGGGCUGCGCGGCUUGCCGGUGGGCUCCUCCAUCAAGCAGAGAAUCAGCUCCUUCGAGACCCCCGGCUGCUCCCAGCCGCCCGCUGGGGGGGCCCAGAGACGCGGCCCCCAGCCCUGCCCCGGGGAGGCAGCGGCCAAGGGCCCCGGCAGGCAGGAGGGAGGGCGGGUUCCUGGCCUGCCGGGGCGGGCGGCUGCCCCCACCCCUGAGCACCAGCAGCCCCAGCCAGAGCCCCUGCCCCGGGGGUGCCCCGAAGCCGGGGAGGCCGCAGACCCCCGUGUGCCCGAGUCCCCUCCCCCGGGCCAGCGCCCCAGCCGGAAAGCGCCCCCCUCGGACCCGGACCCGGACCCUCUCUCGAGGCUGCUGUCGGCCCAGCUGGAGGACGCGGGAGCCCCGCGGGUCCCGAAGGCGCCCAGCCAGCGCGCCCGGAGCUUCCCGCUGACCCGGUCCCACUCCUGCGAGGCGCGGCCGCCGGACGAGAAGACCAGCAAGCUCUACUCCAUCAGCAGCCAGGUGUCCUCCGCCGUCAUGAGAUCCCUGCUGUGCCUGCCCGCCGCCCUCUCCGGCGGCCACACGCCCUGCGGCGCCAAGGAGGGGGCGUCCCUGCCGCCGCGGCCGCCGGCCCACGGAGACCCCGCGGCGAGCUGUUCCGCAGAGGCGCCGGCCUCGGACACGGGCUUCUCGCUCAACCUCUCUGAGCUGAGGGAGUUCACGGAGGGCCUCGCGGAGCCCAGGGAGGCCGGCGGCGGGGACCACAGCCCUGUGCAGCACGGCCAGUCGGUCAUCUCCCUGCUGAGCUCCGAGGAGCUGAGAAAACUCAUCGAGGAAGUGAAGGUUCUGGACGAGGCGACGUUACAGCAACUGGACAGCAUCCACGUGACCGUCUUGCACAAGGAGGAGGGUGCCGGCCUGGGGUUCAGCCUGGCAGGAGGCGCGGAUCUAGAAAGCAAGGUGAUCACGGUCCACAGGGUGUUUCCGAACGGCCUGGCCUCGCAGGAGGGGACCAUCCAGAAGGGCAACGAGGUGCUGUCCAUCAACGGCAAGUCCCUCAAGGGGACCACGCACAACGACGCCCUGGCCAUCCUGCGCCAGGCCCGAGACCCCAGGCAGGCAGUGAUCGUCACCAGGAGGCUGGCGCCGGAGGCCACGCCGGACCCCAGCUCCUCCAGCGACCCCGCGGCCUCGGCGGCCAGCGGCGGGUCCGUGGACUCCACAGCAGAGGCCUCGGUCUGCACGGUGACCCUGGAGAAGACCUCUGCGGGGCUGGGCUUCAGCCUGGACGGAGGGAAGGGCUCCCUGCACGGAGACAAGCCCCUCACCGUGAACAGGAUCUUCAAAGGAGCAUCCCCGGAACAGAACGAGACGGUCCAGCCAGGAGACGAAAUCCUGCAGGUGGCUGGCGCUGCCACGCAGGGCCUCACCCGCUUUGAAGCCUGGAACAUCAUCAAGGGACUGCCCGAUGGGCCUGUCACACUUGUCAUUAGGAGGACGGGCCUCCAGGCCAAGGGGACCACCGCCGCGGGAGACCCCUAGGCGGGACACCAGGCUGAAGCCAAAGCCGACAGCACGCGGCUCCCGCAACUGCAGAUUCUCAGGGUCUCUGCCCACCCCGCCCGGAGCGGGGAGCAGGGGGUGCUUUUCCGUGGCUGCUGCCCAGGCCCAGGCCUUCUGGGACACCACCCAGCAAGAGGGUUGUCCCAGAAGUAAGGGCAGAGUCGCACUGGGGUGGCCGACACAAACUGUAGACUAUGUAUAGAGAGAGCUUGAUGAAAAUAUUGUGGUGCCGUUAAUAAAACGGAUAUAUUACAAUUUGAUAUAAAA